AUGCAAAGUUAUAUUGAAGAGCGUGAGCGUGAAGUAGCGGAGCGUGAAGCUGCAUGGAGGUCGCCGUCAAACACGCCGCCAUCAGUUAUAACCGUCGCCGAAACCGGGACAGACUCACCGAAUUUCAAGUACAUCAUCCUGAACUAUUUGAGAAAUAGAGAAACACGAGUUAUUGAACAAUUUGAGCCUGGUGUUUAUGUGACACUAAUAAUAAAGCCUACUGGUGUCAAAAUGUUCAAGAGAGUUGGAUUCAGUGUGAUUUGUAUUGAACAUAUGAGUCACUAUAAGUCAGCUCCACAACAAGGUCAGAAACGGGGUAGAAGUCGCCCCACAGGGUCUGGAAAGAAACAGCAGCUGACUUCUCUUGAUGCGUUUGGUGAGAAUGGAAGGCCAGCAUCAGGUGAUGAAGGUGUUGUACCUCUGAAUGCUUCGCUCCAAAUUGAUCUUGAGUGGAUAUCUUGGAAGGCUAUAUCUGACAUAACCAAGGAUAAGAAUGUUCUCAAGAAGACCUUGAAGGAGGGAGAGGGGUAUGAACGUCCCAAUGAUGGAGCUGUGGUUCAAGUGAAACUUAUUGGUAAGCUGCAAGAUGGGACUAUUUUCGUGAAGAAGGGUCAUGAUGAUGAGCAGCCAUUUGAGUUCAAAAUUGACGAGGAGCAAGUAAUUGAUGGACUUGAUAAAGCUGUGAUGAACAUGAAGAAAGGGGAAGUUGCAUUGGUGACCAUACAUCUUGAGUAUGCUUUUGGCUCAUCUGGGUCAACUCAGGAAUUGGCCACCGUUCCUCCCAACUCCAACGUGUACUAUGAAGUUGAGCUGGUUUCCUUUGUAAAGGAAUCGUGGGAUCUGAAUACACCCGAGAAGAUAGAGGCAGCUGGAAAGAAGAAGGAGGAAGGGAAUGCAUUAUUCAAGGUUGGCAAAUAUGAAAGAGCAUCAAAGAGAUAUGAAAAGAGUGCAGUACAGUUGCAAGAUAAGGCUCAACAUGUUCUUUUUUAA